AUGCCCAGAAAGGCGGAAGUAUUGCAGUCUCUCGCUAGAGGACGUGUGCGUGCAUCGAUGAACAAGUAUAACUUGUUCAACAUGUACAAGAAACCAAGAACAAACUUCCAAGGGAAAACUUUGUAUCAACAAAAAUGGGCUUCCAAGGCCGAUACUAGAGCCUACCAUGGUGAACAUUUGACUGAAACCAGAUGGAAACAACUUUUCGAUCCUAAAUUGGAAUCUGUGGCCCAGUUGGAUGCGUCCUUGAAGGGUGUAGCCGUGGAACCAACCCCAGUUACUUUACAAACUUAUGCCGCUUUGGAAAAAAGAUUGGAAGUUGCAGUAUUUAGAUCCAUGUUUGCCGCUUCUGUAAGACAAGCUAGACAAUUCAUUCUCCGUGGAGAUGUCCAAGUUAACGGUGUUGUUGUCAAGCAUCCAUCUUUCACUCUUCGUGCUGGUGAUGUAUUCAAUGUAGCUCCUGAAAGAGUCUUACAAGCCAUGGGUAGAAGUAAACCAAGUUUAGAAAGAGCCAUCAAGACUGACUCUCUUCAAAUUGGGGCUUGGAACAACUAUGUUAAGGCCGCCCGUGAAAACCCAAAUGAUGUAUGGAAUAAGCAAAAGAAUAAACCAGCAUCAUUAAAUACUCUUGGUUCAAAUCAAAGUAAAGAAUCUAUACAAAAGUAUAACGAAGGAUUACGUAAGAAGAUGCUUGAUGAACAAAAUAAAACUACUAGAGAUUUAGUAUUACAAAGAAUUCUUGGAUCUAAAUCUGAAGAAGAAAUUAAGGUUGAACAAUUUGAAAAAUUGUUUGGUAAGCAAAAUGCUGAAAAAUGUUUUAAAGUUUACACAAUUCUUUCAGAUGCCAAGAGUGACUUGAUCAACAAAUGUACCAUUGCUGAUGCCAAGAAGUAUGUUUCUACCAAGUCCUCUGACAUGACUCCAGAAGCUCAUAAGAUUGCCACUUCUGUCAAACAAAUUCUUUCUGAAAUUGUCAAGAGUCAAACUGAAUUUAUCCGUAAGCUGUACAGUAAUAAGAUGUUGGGUGAAGACUCGAAGAACAUCCCAUUCAACGGUAACUUUGGUAAGAACUUGAAGACCCAUUCCAACUUGGAUAAGGAAGCCAUUUUGGAAGAUGAAUCCAAGGCUGUUGUAAACUUGCCAUGGCAAAAGGGCUUAUUUGGACGUCAAGAUCCAUCUAAGCAUUACUUCACCCCAUGGACUCCAAGACCAUUUAUUGGAUGUUUUGCCAUCUUACCUCAUCACAUUGAAGUUUCCUUUGAAACUUGUCAUGCUGUUUACUUGAGAAACCCAGUGGCUAGACCAGGUCACUCUGAAGUUAUUUCUCCAUUCCCUGAGUCUGCCCACGAAAGAGCUUACAUGUACUACGCUAGAAAGGGUAUGUAA